UAGUUUCAUUUGAGAUAUCUUCAUUUGAUUGGACAUUGCUUCUAGUGUAGGAUAAACUAAAUAUUUGCUGACACUAUUGGAAGAACAAUGUGUUUCAGUUCAAAUGUAAAGCAGUUUGUUCUCCUUAUCAUUGUUGGAAUCUUCUUGCUUCUGGGGUAUGUGGUCUUCAACCACUUCAAUGAAAGGCAAAACAUGGUUUGGUUUGACACUUCCAAAAUACAUAUCCCAGUUGAUGAGGACCAGAGGAACACCAGGUAUGUGGUCUUCAACCACUUCAAUGAAAGGCAAAACAUGGUUUGGUUUGACACUUCCAAAAUACAUAUCCCAGUUGAUGAGGACCAGAGGAACACCAGGCUAUUGUACAAGCAGCCCAGUGUCUUGGUGGGUCGUACUGAUGUGGUGGCAGUCACCCCAUGGUUGGCACCCAUCGUCUGGGAAGGAACCUUUGACCCUGACCUCGUCGACAUAAUCUACAAGUCCAUGAACCUCACCAUAGCAACAACAGUGUUUGCCGUUGGAAAGUUGCUGGUGGUGGCCCAAGGUGGCUGGUGGUGGCCCAACUCUCUAUUAAGUACCCUUUACCGCUGGCAGGAGAUAUCAGCCCGGAGGAUGGAGAUCAUUCAGACAGCCAUCGAACAUCAGAUCAGCAGGGAGGCCGACUACAUCUUCUGUCUGGACGUGGACAGCAAGUUCCACGCUCGCUGGGGGGCCGAGUCUCUGGGCAGGCUGGUUGCUGUGAUUCACCCAUGGUUUUACCAGGCGACCCGUGACCUCUUCACAUAUGAACGGCGCCCAGCCUCGACAGCCUACAUCCCCAUGGAUGAGGGAGACUACUACUACGCCGGGGCUGUGUUCGGAGGGUCCGUGGAGGAUGUGUACACACUAACAAAGGUUUUUCGGAACCAGCUUGAAGAGGACGCGAGGAAUUCCAUCGAGGCUGCCUGGCAGGAGGAGAGUCACCUCAACAGGUACCUGCUUUACAACAAGCCCAGCAAGCUGUUGUCUCCAGAGUACCAGUGGGAUGACAAGAAGACCAAAACCAAUGAGGUCAAAGUCAUUCGCUUCUCUUCUGUCAUUAAAAACUAUGCUGAAAUUCGUGCCAAAUACUAA